AUGCAGGGCAUCAAACUUGUGACAUCAUGGAAAAUGAUGUUGUGCAGGUGUAAUGAAGACAUUAAGAAUGGGAUCACCAACCUGCUCCUGUACGUGAGGAGCAUGAAAGGGCUCGCAGGGAUCCGGAACGCCAUGUGGGAGCUACAUACCCAUGAGUCUGCCAGUUACAGCUGGGAGGCGGUGUGUCGGCGGCUCCUGGAGAAGCCACUCCUGUUCUGGGAGGACAUGAUGCAGCAGCUGUUCCUGGACCGCUUACAGACUCUGACAAAGGAAGGCUUUGAAUCCAUCUCCCGCAGCUCCAAAGAGCUCCUGGUCUCAGCUCUGCAGGAAUUUGAAAGCACCACCGGCAGUUCCACAUGCAGUAAGCACAUCCACUUCGAGCAGAACAUGUCUCUGUUCCUCUGGUCUGAGAGCCCCACCGACCUGCCUCCUGAUGCCGCCUGGGUCAGCAUGGCAAACCGACCCCGUUUAGCCAGUGGUGGCCUCUCCAUGAGAGCCCAGGCUAUUAGUCCUUGCGUGCAGAAUUUCUGUACUGCCUUGGAUUCCAAACUGAAGGUCAAACUGGACGACCUCCUGGCCUACCUCCCCUCUGAUGAUGCUCCCCUGCCCAAGGAUAUCACCCCCAUUCAGCAGGCCAGGAACUCUGCCUUUGUCCGAUAUGCAGAUGCGGGGACUGUGCAGGACAUGCUGCGGACUCACUCCGUGGCGUGCAUCAAGUAUAUCACGGACUGCAUCCAGGCACAGCUGCAGAGCAUCGAGGGAGCUGUGCAAGGCCAGGAGGAUGUGCUCCGCAGCCCCAAGCUGCACACAGUCCUUUUCAUGGCCAGACUCUGCCAGUCCCUGGGAGAACUGUGCCCUCACCUGAAGCAGUGCAUCGUGGGAAGGUCUAGGAGUGCUGAGAAACCAGCAAGGGAGGUGAAGGUUCUGAAAAAGCAGGGAAAGGGGAAAGCUCAGGAGGUUAAAGAAUUAGUUCUCUAGCUACAUGAUGAGCUACCAGUCUGGAGCUUAGCACUUCUGAAAGUGACUGACAGGAACUUCUUAGGUGCAGACAGUGGCAUGACAGUCCCAGCCACCUGUUGGGCCCCAGAGUAUGGCAAGGAGGACUCCUCAGGGGCUGUGUAUCUGGAAGAUGCUCGAGUGGGGAGCUCAAGGUCCUGGCAUGCUUGCCUCAUGCGGAUAAACGGGCCCACCUUUGCUACCCGUCAUUUCAUGGGUUGGGGUCUCACAGAAAGAAGGCACCUUCCCACUGACCCAGAAUUGGGCUCUGCAGCUCCUCUACGACCUGCGCUAUCUCAGCAUGGUUCUCACUAUCAAGGAGGAGAUGAAGAGUGGCCACAGCAAGCCAGACUCCAGGUUCUGUUUGGACUGGUUACUGGCACAGUGAACCAGUUCACCCCCCGCAGCAGCACAUUCAACUCCCAGGAAGCCCAUAACAUCCUGCCGCUGGCUUCGAGUCAGAUCAGGUUCGGGCUGCUUCCCCUGAGCAUGACAAGCACGCAGAAGGCCAAGUCUACCAGCAGAAGCACUGAAACAAAAGCCCAGGUUGGCCCCCCGGCACUCUCCAGAGCAGGUGACCCGAUGCAGCCUGGCUCCCUCUUCAGACAGCUCAUCAGUGAGGAAGAUGAAAGAUCCUCAUCUUCGUUAUUCAAACUCGGCUGGCUCUCAAGUAUGACAAAAUAA